UGUAAUGUGGCAACACCAUACUUUUAGAGCAAAUGUGUAUUCAGAGUGAAAAAAAAAAUCAAGGGCGAAAGCUUUGCAAAUUACAGUUUAGGCGCCCUUAUCAAAUAAAGUAACGUCAGUGCUUGUGCGUACACGAAAGUUGUCCCGUGACUUGCGAUGACCAACCACUGUUUACCUUGAUACAUUUUCCAUGUGCGAUCUCAAUUAGGUGCGGUGACGUCAGAAUCGCGAACUUGACCCGCCCGGCUUGCGUGUAGUGUACGUUGCACAGUAGGGAGAGUAAGCGAGCCGUGUUAUUGUGGAUCAUCAACCAUGCAUGAAGACUUUUUUUAUCAGACUAAUCAGGUUGUUUUUGUUUGGGACAGCCCUGUGCCUACACUUGACCCGUGAUGCGCACUGGAGUUGCCAAAGUUAGCCCGCAUAUAGCUGAGGACGUUGAUUGUACAGAGUGAUAAUUAUCUGUUUCUGCUGUCCGUGAAAUAUGUCUAACAACAAGUUGCCAACGCUCAAAGAUGGCACUGGCUUUUCAGACAUCUCCAAGAAAGGGGGAGAGGACGAGCCAGGUGAGAUUCGAACCUCCUGUGGCUGGUUUUCCUGGCGUCCAAGCUGCCUACGCUGCUUCGCCAGCCCAAGAUGGCUCCUGGCUACCAUCUGUGCCUACGUGUUCUUCCAGAGCAUGGCAGUCAACGGCUUGGUGGAUGGUUCCCUGGCCAGCUUGCAGCGCCGAUUCGAGUUGUCCAGUUUCCAGACCGGGCUUCUGCCGGCGCUCUACGACGUGGUGGCGGCCGUGUUGGGAGUUCUCCUGGCCUACGCCGGCAACAAGCGGAACAAAGCCCGCUUGUUGACCAUGGGCACGAUCUUCAUAGGGAUCGGCAACGUUGUCUACGCCCUGCCUCAUUUCACGACGGGUUUGUACGCCUACAGCGACGAUAACUCCACCGACACCUGCCGGUCAACCGGUGAUGAUCUCCCGACUGCCGCACCAGACGACAAGUCGACGAUUGCUGCUCUCUCAGGUUACCUCGGAGUCUUCAUUUUGUCUCAGGUCUUGUUUGGAAUCGGUGGGACUAUGGGGUACUCCAUUGGUUUUGCUUUCGUCGACGAGAGUGUUACAAGCAAGAUGGCAGGGAUGUAUCUUGGUAUACUGUCGGCAUGCGCUACCCUGGGGCCUGCCUUAGGGUUAGUGAUAGCUGGUGUGCUCCUGAGUCUCUACACAGACUUCCAUGCUAUCGAAGGCGGCUUGACUAUCGAUCCGUCCAGCGAGCAAUGGGUGGGUGCUUGGUGGCUGGGCUUCAUUUUCACGGCCCUUACGUCCGUUAUUAUCGCUGUUCCCCUGAGCUGCUUCCCUCACGAACUACCUGAUACGCAGACUAUCCGGGAGCAGCGCGAAUCUCAGGCACACGCCAUGACGGACCGAGCCGGCAAGACGAGCCACGAGCACUUCGGCAAGUCGUGGCGGGAUUUUCCCGCGGCGUUGAAGGUCAUGCUGAAGAAUCCCACCUUCAUGGCCGUGGCGAUCAGUCAGGCAGCGGACGGCCUCUUGCUGACUGGCGUUGGGACAUUUUUACCGAUCUACUUGGAAAAUCAAUACGGCUUGAGUUCCGGAACGGCAAAUAUUAUUGUUGGUGCUCAAGUUUGCACUGCCGGCUGUGGCUCGCUGUUUUUGGGUGGUUGGCUGCUCAAACGGUUUCGCCUCAAGGUCCGGGGUAUGCUCAGGUUCAUCAUGAUAGUCAUUACCGCCAACGCCCUCAGUCUGCUGACAGUGUUCCUGACGUGUCCUGAGAUCCCCUUGGCUGGUGUGUAUCAGCACUACGCCAACGACAGUUCUAUAUCGGUCGUGCAUCUGGACGACCCGUGCAAUGAUGGAUGCCAGUGCUCGACCACACCCUACUCACCUGUCUGCGGCAGCAAUGACGUCAUGUAUUUCUCACCCUGUUUCGCUGGGUGUCAAGCUCAAGUCGUCGGUGACAAAACGGUGUAUACGGACUGCACCUGCGUAUCGACCUACAACAAUUCUUCAGAUUCCACGGCGGUUCCGGGCAGAUGUGGUACUUACUGCACUCGGAUGUACAUCUUGAUAGGGUGUCUAUUCAUCAUUACAGCCACGACGUUUUUGGACAGAGUCGCAGCAGUGAACGCAGUUUUAAGAUGCAUUCCAGACGGGCAGCAGUCGUUCGGACUCGGCAUGUACGGAUUCAUCUCGAGACUUUUCGGUUCCCUGCCCGGGCCCAUCAUCUUUGGUAGUAUCAUCGAUGCCACUUGCACCCUGUGGCACGAGGAGGGAGGCAGACGGGGCCAGUGUUGGUUUCACAACCGUUCGGACCUGUCGCUUUACCUGGUCUUGUUCGCCCUGGCGCUGAAAACCACGGCGUUCAUCAGCACCUUUGUGGGCUAUAAGUUAUACCGACCGCCCGAGAGUGACGAGGAGCCCCAGACGGAGGGGGAAUGUUUAGACUAGUAGUAGUCGAAGUGUAGUUUUUGCAAUUCUUAUAACGUAGAGUAUGCUAGAGAUUAGCUUUUCAGUUGAGCAUAUCUUUAUAUGAUGAGGGAUUAGAAGAACUGAAUCACUUUGAAUAUUCGGCCUUCCUUGGGUUUAUAAUACAUCCUUGUGACCUUUCAUACAGUCUCAAAAUAAAAGUUGCGAUUUGAAAAUGAGAUUUUGAAAAGUGUUUAAAGAGAAAGGUUUAAAUAGAAUAAUCUUGAUCGUGAAGGCAUUCUUUUUCAUUAUGUAAUACAAAUAGGAAAAAGAUUGUUUUCAUGGUUAAAAGCACAUUGUAGAAUUUAUUUUAUUUACGUAAUCUGCCUAAGCAGAAUGUUUCAUAGACGGAUACUCCUUUUGGUUUUGUCUUUUAACAAAACAUAGUUUUAGAUAUACUGCUAUUUUAUUACCAAAAAGUAUUGUAGAGGAAGGUUUGACACUCUACCCCUGAUGUCUGUGGGUUGACACUAAAAAUGGUUGUGGUCUAUUGUUUUAAAUGAAGAAGAUCCGCAAAAUGUAAGGAUUGAAGCAAGAAAUGGAAACCCUGGUCUUAAGAAUUGAAACUGCCGAGGAUUUCAGACCCAGUCGAUCAAGAGGCAAGUCGCAAAUCCCAUCACAGAUAGGGUCGCAGAUCAAGUCGCCAACAAUGCAAGAUUAAUGAGGAUUCAAAAGAUGGGGCAUAAGCCUAAGAACGUUUUUCAUCAUCCGAGUGAUAAACUUAGCGUGAUCUGUGAUUGCUUGUGACUGAAUUGCAAUAACUUGGUUAGAUUGUUCGAGAUGAUGGGAUUGAUCAACUAAGGGAUUUGGUAAUAUGGCAAGGUGUGGUCGUCAAAGAGGAAAACGAACAAGACGGUUAAUUUACUGUUCAAACCUUCACAGACAGAACGAUCCUCAUCAAUCAAUGGAAUUUCAAUGCAUCUACUUAAGGCAUAUACAUUUAUAUAAUUUUUGUAAAUUUAAAAUGUACGAGUUGGCCGAAUAGUCUAAUCUCGUUGAGAAAAAUAUAUGGAUUUAUAAUUGAUAAUCAAGCCUGCCUAAUUCAGAACAUUGAGACAAAAACAGUUGUGUGCUACCUCCCUGAAGAAACAACCACCCUUUGUUGUUGAAACAUUGUAGUGGAAAAUAUGACAUUGACCGGUAUCCCGAGCAAGUUUAGUGAUGAACUCAAUGCUGAAAUAAUAUAUGCACGUAGAAGUGGAAACGCAACGAAGCGCAACUCAUCAAAAUUAAUACACAAACGAAGUAAAUAAAAUGAGUGAGUGCACAUCGAAAAUGUUGUUUAAAAUUGUACUAAAAGCGAAAAUGAAUGUUUAGGCCUAAACAAUUCGAAUCGUAUUCAGAUUUUAUGAAGGAGUCCAUACAUGUAACUGUAUAAGGCACUUCGGUAGUACAUCCGUUCAUUUUGGGCGCGGGGCGCAUUAAAUUGAAUAUUUAAAUGAAACUAAAAAAAUAAGAAUACUCUUGACUGUAAGAAAUUCUGACUUCAUUCCAAAUGCACGCUCAUACCCAAAUACCCAACAAAUUUAUCGCUAAAACAAAUUACAUAUUAGUACAAAAUACUAGCUGGAACCGAAAGCAUAGCGCUCUUGGCUUCGCCUGGGGGCGCUAUGCGUCGUAUCCCACAUCACAGCAGUCAACAAUUGUCAACUGUAGAUGGAUGCUAUAACAAGUUUCAGGGUUUUGAUUCAAUGGUAUGCAUGUGG